CGCAGGGACCGAAAUCGUUGUAACACUGGUGUGAGGAAAAGCAACUCGUGUAUCGCAGUCGGUUAUGCAGGACAGGCUUCCUAGUCCUGUUUAGUAGUCUAAAACCUCAGUCAGUCUGUUAGUGUUUCCACCAUCAUGUCAUCUCCUCUAGAAAAGCCGCAGAUAAUCGCUCACAUCCAGAAAAGCCUGAACUACACGGUGUUCGACUGUAAAUGGAUCCCGUGCAGCGCUAAAUUUGUUUGUAUGGGGAACUUUCCGAGAGGAACAGGGGUUAUGCAGAUUUAUGAGGUGCAGCAGGGAGACGUAAAGCUAGUUAAAGAGAUUGAAACGGCCAAGCCAAUCAAAUGUGGAACAUUCGGAGCAACAUCCCUCCAGCAGAGGCAUUUGGCAACAGGUGACUUUGAUGGCAACCUGCAUAUAUGGAAUCUUGAGGCUCCUGAGGUGCCUGUAUACUCAGUGAAAGCCCACCAGGAAAUCGUGAACAGUAUUGAUGGAGUAGGAGGUCUAGGUAUUGGAGACGGAGCACCAGAAAUUGUUACAGGGAGCAGAGAUGGUACAGUGAAGGUGUGGGACCCAAGACAAAAAGAGACACCUGUGGCAAAUAUGGAGCCUACUGAGGGAGAAACCAAGAGAGACUGUUGGACUGUUUCCUUUGGUCAUGCUUUUAAUGACCAGGAUCGUUGUGUUUGUGCUGGCUAUGACAAUGGUGACAUUAAACUCUUUGACCUACGAAAUAUGUCUCUGCGAUGGGAAAAUAAUAUUAAAAAUGGCGUAUGCAGUGUUGAAUUUGACAGAAAGGAUAUCAGUAUGAACAAACUUGUGGCAACAUCAUUAGAGGGCAAAUUUCAUGUCUUUGAUAUGAGGACUCAGCACCCAACAAAGGGCUUUGCAUCUGUUUCAGAAAAGGCCCACAAAUCUACAGUAUGGCAAGUUAGACACUUGCCUCAAAACCGAGACAUCUUUAUGACUGCUGGUGGAGCAGGAAACCUGCACUUAUGGAAAUAUGAGUAUCCAGCCAAAAGAAGUGAAACAGAUGGAGAAGGAAUAGACAAAGGUGUGGCUGGAACCGUUAACCUCCUGCAGAACGUCACUCUGUCUACACAACCCAUCGCCAGUCUGGACUGGAGUCCUGACAAGCAGGGUCUGUGUGUGUGUGCUUCCUUUGACCAGUCAGUGCGAGUACUCAUAGUUACAAAGCUGAACAGAGUGUGAACACAUGCCCUGUGAAUGCCGUCUGUAUAGUUAAUUCCAGCAAAGUGUUUUCAUUUUAAUACCAAAAGUGAACAUGCAUAUAUGCAAAGAACUUCAGUUCUCUUCAGAUGAGAUUUAUGUAAAUUAAUUACAUUUAUAAACUGUGAUUACUAAGUGAUGUUUUACAUGUUAAAAAAAUAUGCGGCUCUGUUUCUUUUUUGAGAUACAAAA